AUGACACCUUAUUUGAUGGAUUCAUUGAAAGAGUUAGUCGAAGACAAAGAGGAAACCACACCAAAGGAGAAUUCCAAGGAACCGGUUCCUACUUUCACCACUCCACCCCCGUUUCCUAUCCGAUUUGCCAAGUCGAAGAAAGACUUGGAAUACAAGGAUAUUUGGGACAUCCUUAAGAAAGUACAAGCCAAUAUUCCACUCAUUGAAGCUAUUCGACAAAUUCCUCGCUAUGCAAAGUUCUUAAAGGAGUUGUGCAUGAAGAAGAAAGGGUUGAAAGGGAAUGAAGUCAUGAGUGUGGGGGAGAAUGCUUCGGCGUUAAUUCUCAAGAAACUCCCACCUAAAUUAAAGGACCCUGGUAGUUUCACUAUACCUUGCAUAAUUGGUAAAACAAGGUUUACUCGAGCUUUGCUAAAUUUGGGAGCAUCGGUUAAUGUUAUGCCUUCCUCGAUUUAUGAUUCUUUGAAUCUUGGUCCUCUUAAGGAGACGAGGGUAGUUCUUGAACUUGCUAACCGAUCUAAUGUUUACCCAAAAGGGAUUAUUGAGAAUGUUUUGGUGCAGGUUAAUGAGCUUGUAUUCCCAUCCGAUUUCUAUGUCUUAGACAUGAAUGAUGAGAAUUCUUCCAAGUCUACACCUUUUCUAUUGGGUAGACCAUUCUUAAGCACCGCGGAACGAAGAUUGAUGUCCAAAAUGGCGCCUUGA